CAACAGACAGUUCAGAAGUUCGGUUAGCCAAUCAUAGUGGGUCCUAACCGUUCGUAGUAGUUUAUGUUGUUUAUGGUUACGGAUUAACGUGAAAUUUCAUAAGUACGCACAGUAGUAUUUCCCCAGAGAAAUAUCGUUUCACAUAGUGUUAGUCCUCCGAAAGAUCUUGGGUUUUACCUAUUUUCAUUCAUCCUAGGUAAAGCUAGAUUAGGUUACAUGCUUUUGUGUUUUGAUACCCUAUUAACACAUCAUCCUACCCCCGGAAAGAAACAGUUAAAAAUAAAAAAAGGUAUUUCUAAGGCCAGAAAAAAAUCAAUAGCUAGGCUAUAAAGACAAAAGCAUGAAAUCCACCAUAAAACCAUAUGGGGGAAACACCGCCUUGGAUCCAUCGUCAUCGGGUGGAUCAGCCUUAUUCACAUGAUAUUUAAUUGGUGAAACAAGAAUACAAUUAGUACAACUUUAAGCUCACCAUUCAAAAGAUUAAAGUUUCGUCAACAUAAUGUUAUACAUGAAAGCGCCAUUCAAACUAAAAUAGGCAUGUGAGGUCUUCAUAAAAUGUUUUCAAGGCAGUUUUUAAAUCCAAUAUGGCGUCAACUGACUGAGGUGCUGUUCGUAACCAGCAUUGAUCCAAUGUCCUUCCCAGCGCUCAUUUGAACAAUAUUAGCGUAUAUAGAUGGACGAAUGGUCAAGAGAUGACCUCAUUCGGGAACUAAAGAAAAAGGAAGAGGAAAAUGAAAUUUUGAGACAAAGAUUGCAAAAGUAUGAAGAUGCCAGCACAGAAUCCAUACAGGCUAAUACAAUAAAGGAUUUACAUGACUUCACCCUCAUUCCUAAAGUGGUUUCUAAACUUAGUCAUGAAGAAGUUGCAAGGUACUCAAGACAGUUGAUAUUACCUGAACUAGGACCUAAUGGACAAAAGAAAUUGACCGCUGCAUCUGCAUUAAUUGUUGGAUGUGGUGGCUUAGGAUGUCCAGCAGCAAUUUAUUUGGGGGCAGCAGGAAUAGGCCGUUUGGGGCUUAUUGACUAUGAUACUGUAGAGAUAAGUAAUUUGCAUCGUCAAGUAUUACACACUGAAGCAAGAAUAGGAGUAUCCAAAUCUGUAUCAAUUGCCUCUUCUGUAAAAGCACUUAACAACAAUGUUGAGGUCACACCAUUCGAUGUCUUACUUAACAGUGAAACUGCAUUGCAAAUUAUUUCAAAGUUUGAUGUAGUGUUGGAUUGCACCGAUAAUGUUGCCACUCGUUACUUGCUGAAUGAUGCAUGUGUAAUAGCUAAUAAGCCAUUGGUUUCUGGGUCUGCCCUGCGGUAUGAAGGACAGUUAACAAUAUACCACUUCAGUGAUGGUCCAUGUUUCCGCUGCAUUCACCCUAAGCCACCACCUCCAGAAACAGUGACUAACUGUUCAGAUGGUGGUGUUAUUGGAGUUGUUCCUGGAGUUAUUGGGUGUUUGCAGGCUCUUGAAACCAUCAAGAUUAUUACUGGAAUGGGUACCACUUUGUCUCAGAAGCUUCUUCUUUUUGAUGGUUUAGAAGGAAUGUUUCGAACUGUCAAAUUGCGGGGACAUAAGAAUUCUUGUGAAGUAUGCGGCGAUAAUCCAACUGUUACUCAACUGAUAGACUACGAACAGUUUUGUGGAUCCAGAGCUUCAGAUAAAGACAGCGGUCUUCAUUUGCUUGAGAAAGAUGACAGAGUUGGUGUUAAAGAGUAUCAUGAUUUGCUCAGUGAAGGCACUCCACAUUUAUUGAUUGAUGUCAGGCUACCAGUUGAGCAAGAUAUAUGUAAACUUCCAAAUUCAGUCAAUAUUCCUUUGAAGGAUUUGAAAAAGCCAGAAAACAUUGCUGUUAUUGAAAAUAAGUUGUCUUCCCUCGAGAUGAAGAAAAUUUUUUGCCUGUGUCGGAGGGGUAAUGAUUCACAGUUAGCUGUGUCAUUUUUACAGUCAGUACUCUCCAGAGACUGUGAUAUUAAAGAUAUUGUUGGAGGUUUGACAGCUUGGGCACAAAAGAUAGAUUCUUCAUUUCCAAUAUAUUAAUAUGGUUUUCUAAGAAAAUUGUUUUAUAAAAUGUUGUUUUAUCAAAACCUUUUAUCAGAGCAGUAUAUUUGCACUUUACACUUUCAUAGAAAUAGUCACAGAAAUAAAUUGAAAAGCAC